AUGUCUACCAAAAAAAGGAUACAUUUUGAAGAGCCCAAAAAAGAGAUAAAAAAAGAAGUUAAGAAGGAAACGAAGAAGAUUACUAAAUGGAUAGGUAAUUUUGAUUCACUGAGAAAGAAAGACGUUGGCAAACAUUCGGGCCCAGAAAAGAAAAAUAUUUUUAAAGUAAAAAAUGAUACUACUUCACCUAGAGAGUUUGUGCCCACAUUGAAAAAAAUUAGAUUAUUCGAUUAUAGGCAAAUGUGUUAUAAAAACCAAUUUAAAAAUUCUCCAAUUUUUAAUUGGAAUUGCAAAGAUGCCUAUAGGAGAAUCGACCAUUAUUACAGAACACUUGUGAGAUUGGAAGAAGAAGAGGAAACUCUGCUAAAACGAGCCAAUUUGCAAGAAUUAUAUUUUCCAGAGAAUCUGCCGCUCAAAGUUGUCCGAAGAGAGCUUAAACAAAUGAAAAUAAUGUGGGAUUACAUUAAUUUAGUAAAAACUUAUUUGAAGCAGUUGAAAAGAGCUGAGUGGGAUGAAUAUACGUUAGAAGAAUUGGAAACACAGUUGAGAAAUUUCAAAGUGGAACUUAACAAAUUAGUUGACAUUAAUGGAUGCGAUGCUUUCGCGCAACUGAUGGCGCAUAUCAAUCAAGUGCUGCACUGUAUUUAUAAUGUUCCAACUCUUGGAGAAAAUCUGUUUAAAGAAAUGAUUGAAGCAAUAAAGGUAAGAGACCAGGAAGAACAGAAGAAAAGCAUGAGUUCAGAGAAAAGUAGUAAAAUUUAUACAUAG